AUGCCCCCAAAAUCAACAGCGGGAAAGUCACGCAAGUCCACUGGCGGGGUGAGCAAGACCGCAAGCAAAUCCACGGCAGGCAAGCGGCCAUCCACCAGCAAUGUUCAAGCCGGUGACCCCAACCCCACAGGACGCCGUCGCCGCUACAGACCCGGUACCGUCGCCCUGAAGGAAAUUCGCAAAUACCAACGCUCAUACGACUUGCUGCUCCGCAAACUUCCCUUUGCGCGGUUAGUGCGCGAGGUCGCACUCGACCUCCUCCCGGCAGAGGUUGGCGCAGAACUACGAUGGCAGUCGCAUGCGAUCCUAGCGCUCCAGGAAGCCGCGGAGGCAUUUCUUGUCCAUUUGUUUGAAGAUACAAAUCUAUGCGCCAUUCACGCGAAACGAGUUACAAUUAUGCAAAAGGACAUUCAGCUUGCGCGGAGAAUUCGCGGGGCGUGGGGUGGUCUGGGCUGA